AUGGCCGGUAUAUUCGAGGUAGAUGGGACCCAAACAAUAGAGCAUCUCACGAAUUAUUUUCGGAGAAGAACUCGACAAAGUAAUUCAACCCAACAUGAUAGUAGCAGUGAUUCUUCAAGACCACGCGACGCAAUCCCAAGGUCUACUAGACAGCCUUCAAAAUGUGAAAGUCUUGGUAUAUUGAUAGGCAAACCUAAACACAGACAAUAUGGUACUCUAGACUCACGUAUAAAAUCAUAUGAAAAUGAAAAUUGGAUUAAAGAUAAAACACCGGGGAUAAAAGAACUAGCAGAGGCCGGACUUGCAUAUACAGGUGUUGCCGACUCUGUGAGGUGUUACUACUGUAGUAUCGGUCUAAAAGACUGGCCGAAAGACGCUUGUCCUUGGGAACAGCAUAUACUAGCAAGUCCUGAUUGUGUACACGUUGCUCAGUGCAAAGGUAAAGCUUAUGUCAGAAAAAUUCUAGGGGAAAACGAUCAAGAUUCGGAUGUUGAAGUGGACGAUUCAAAUGGAUUUGUCGAUACUGUAAAAGAAGCUAUUAAAAGAAACGAAGAAGCUGUAACUGCAGCAAAGCAGUAUUAUACUAACGAACAUAUCAUUAAUAAAGCGGUCAAAUCGUUGAUAAAAGGUGAACGUCCAAAAACCUUCAAUUCUGUUGAACUUAUAGCUGCUAUUGAAGAAGUUGAAAAAGAGCAGUUAGGAAAUAACUCACAAGCAAAAUCUGAAGAUGUAGAAACUGACGGUGAUACGUCUGAGUCAGAUGAAGAAGAUGAAGAAGAACUAAACAGACAAUUGAAGGAGCCAAUUACUUGUAAAAUUUGUUUUAACGCUAUUGCUUGCAUAAUAACAUUGCCAUGUGGCCACAUGGUUAGCUGUCCCCAGUGUAUACCAGCACUCACUAAAUGCGCAGUCUGUCGGGCCGAUAUAAAAGGAACUGUUCGAGCCCUGAUGGCCGUUUAA